GACGUGUCAGGUGUGGCCGAACACUGCAGAGUUUUUCCGAACUCUCUCUACAAACUCUCUCUCGCUCGCUCACUUACCGAGGGAUAUCGAUUCAGAAAAGAGAGUCGGAAACUUCUACCGGAGCUCUCGCCGUCCCGCCGAAGGGGGAAUUUCCAACCUUCAGAAACGAUGUUCCGAAGGUCGAUUUUGGCAUUGUCGUCUCGUCGAUCAAUUCACCCGAGGCAGAUUACUCCUCCUCGAGUGCCUUCUUUGAGGAAGGGCUUCUCGACGAAACCCCAUCAAAAUGCGCCUCCAAAUACUGGGGCUGCUGGUCAGCCGCCUAAACCGAAGAGUACUUUGCCCAGAGUUAUCUUGGGAACCACUGCUGUUGCUGGUGCUGCUUUUUUGGCGUACCAAUCAGGUUAUUUAGAUCAAUAUAUUGGUGAAAAGGAGCAGGCGGGACACGUAGAAGUGAAAGGAACACAUAUUAGGAAGGAAGUGGUACCCAUUGUUGCUGAAGAGCCGGUAAAAACAGCUGGCGAUGUGGCGGCAUUUGCUCAAAAGGUUAAACCGGAGGAUGAUGUUGCUCGUGUUGAAGAUGGCGAGAAGAUUGAAACUCUGACUUCUGGGAUUGAAGAUGAUAAGAAGGUUGAAAACCUUACAGAUCUUCCUCAACCCGAAUCUAGAAAGAAGAUUGAAGAUCAUGUGGAUCUUGCCCAUGAUAAAGUUGAGCAGAAGGACGAAACUCAAACUGGGAUUCCUCAUCAUGAAGAUGUAAGCAGUACAAUAAGUGAAAUCCCAUCUCAAGCUGCAGAAGCAGCGAAGCCAAUGGCAGAAGAUGAUGCUGCAGUUGCUCCCAAAGAAAAGAAUGAACCACAAUUCUCUGCAGCAAUUAGUCAUGAAACUGUUCCUAGCAUAAAUCCAGAGCCAACAAUUAGUGGGGAGAGGAAUGAGGAAGUUAAAGUUUCAGUAAUGCCGAAAGAGGAUGAUGUAAAGACGGUGCUCUCUGAUCAUCCAGCUGUUGUACAAAAUUCUGAGGCUGAACUAAACAAAGGUGCUGAUGCGUCAAAUCUACUUGACACUUACCAUCUCAAGGAAAAGACUGUAGAAAUGCUGUCAAGUGAGGCUCCAGUGGAAGAGAAAUUGCAGGGUACCGCAGGGGAACUGAGUGAAGGUUAUGUAACAAAAGAUGGAAAGCUGGUUAUGGAUUUUCUUCAAGCCAUUCAUGCUGCUGAAAAGAGGCAAGCUGAGCUAGAUGCCCAAGUUUUUACUCAAGAGAAAAGAGUACUGAAGGAGAAGUAUGAAAAGCAAUUGAGAGAUUCAAGAGCAAGAGAACUUAUGCGCGCAGAAGAGGCUGCAAUAUUGGAUAAGGAAAUCAAAAGAGAGAGGGCAAAAGCAGCAGCUGCAGUCAGGUCAGUUGAAGAGAAAAUGGAAGAGAAACUCAAGAGGGAACUUGAGCAAAAGGAAGCUGAAGCAGAAGCCGAGGUGAAAAGGAUCCAGGAGUUGGCAAAAGCAGAAUUGGCUGCAGCAAUUGCAAGUGAGAAGGCUACACAAAUUGAAAAAAUUGCGGAGGCUAAUCUUAAUAUAGAUGCCUUAUGCAUGGCGUUCUUUGCACGAUCAGAAGAGGCCCGCCAGAUUCACUCUGUUCACAAGCUAGCGUUGGGUGCACUUGCUUUAGAAGACGCUCUUUCCCAAGGUCUUCCGAUCCAGAAAGAACUAGAAGAUUUAAGUGCCUAUCUGGAAAGCACUGAUAAGGAUUCGCUGGUUCAGCUGGUCCUAUCAACUCUUCCUGAAGAAACACGCCAAUCCGGCACAGACACUGUGUUGCAGUUGAAUCAAAAGGCAUAUCUCUUUUUCAUUCUACAGUUCAACGCCCUGAAAGGUACGCUCCGGCAUCACAUUCUCAUCCCUCCAGGUGGCGGUGGCAUCUUAGCACACGCUAUGGCCCAGAUAGCAUCUUGGUUGAGGUUGAAGGAAGUGGAUCCAUCUGGAGAUGGGAUCGAAUCCGUAAUCAGUAGAGUUCAAACUCUCUUAUCCGAAGGGAAGCUUGCUGAAGCAGCGGAUGUUCUUCAAGACGGCGUGAGAGGGAGCCAAGCCGAGCAGAUGGCAGGUGAUUGGGUGAGGCGUGCUAAGAACAGAGCCAUCACCGAACAAGCUUUGACCGUGCUUCAAUCCUAUGCCACCUGCAUCAGUCUCACUCGAUCGUAAGGUCUGUCCGAAGAUGUGAUCUUGUUUUUGCGAAUACACUUAGAUGUUAAGCCAAUAGACAUUUGGCAACUCACGAAAUUGUGUAGAGUAAUACCAAUUACAUGCCCCCUAGAGGAUACCCGGCAAUAAAGAUUCUGUGUUGAUGUUUUGAGGUGGGGAAAUUUUGCCUCUGAAUAGGACUGGACUAGAGUCGUAUGAGCCUGUUUUAGUACGGGAAUGGCCUGUAAUGAUCCUACCAUGUAGCACAUGUUAUGAUCUGGCUAGAGUUGUUUUGUUUGCUAAUGGAGGUGGUGAAAAUGGUGUUUGUAAAAUCAUAUCGUAUCGUUCAAGUUGCCC